AUGGGUGGUCUCCGCCCCGAGUCAGUUCAAUUCAAAAUCGAACCAGAGCUUAUUCCUGGGGAAAACAUCACAAGAGAUAGCAGCUGUCCUACCUGUAGAGGAGGGCUCGGUGACAUCUGGAAAUGCUCAAUGACUACACCAUCUGGAACCCAACGCGACGUUGCUGUCAAAUCUAUUAGGGUCCCCGGAUUAACAGAUGCGACGAUAUUGAAAGCGAUAGGCAAGAAAAUUCGUCGUGAGGCCUAUGUUUGGAUGCAGUUGGAACACGAUCACAUUCUCCCUCUCGAGGGCGUGACUUUCGCUGAAGAAUUCGGGCUACUUCCAGCAUUAGUGUCUCCAUGGAUGGAAGAAGGAUCGCUGGACGAUUACUUGAAGCAUAAGUUUUCGGAAUUGUCUGACCCUGAAAAACGAGAGCUUGUAUGGCAGGUAACUGCUGGUAUUAGUUACUUGCAUGGCAAGGGUAUCGUGCACGGCGACUUGACAGCGACCAACGUUUUGGUUGACAGCUCCGGUCGCCUCCGUCUCGCAGACUUUGGUCUAUCGAUGAUCCUUGCCGAGGCAGAAAACGCCACCUUCAAUUCCUGUCGUCCAGGAAACGCACGUUGGAUGCCCCCCGAGGCUCUCCGAAGUGGAGAUGAAGACGAAGACGAAGCUAAAGACGAGAAGCCGACUAAAGCUUGGGAUGUCUAUUCGUAUGGCUGCAUCGUAUUUCAGAUCUUUUUUGGGAAUAAGCCCUACGCAUGGAUAACAAGUGUUUCACAUGUUACGGGCGCGAUAUACAAGGGACGUGCCCCUUUCAAGGACAUAGAGAGCCAUGCGGUGUAUCAACAAUUCUCACCGUGCUUGCAUAAGAUGUCAGCCAAUCGCCCGACGAUGGACGAUGUCAUGAGACGUCUGGGGUCACGAUAA